AUAAAAUGUCAUGUCCUCCCCUUUCCAAAUCUCAGUGUCUCUUCCUUGUAUUUUACGCUUCAGAGAAAAACUGAAAAAAAAAAAAACCAACACUUCCACAGUACCAUCUUCAACUCCCCAUCUCUCUCCGACUUGCCAUUUUCCCAAAAAAUUUACGUUUUUUCAUUUCCUCUCUCUCCCUUUUAAACAUAUCAAUAACAAAUUAGGAGAGCUGGAUCCAUCACAGGAACCAGCCCAUUCCUUGACAUUAAAGCCGCCACCACCACCACCCCCAGUGGCCACCUCCACCUCCACUAACGGCCAGAUCCGUUACCGCACUCCCUCCUCCGCCGAACUUUUCCUCGAAGCCGGCACCACCGCCACGUCCCCUACCAACUCCGAUAGUAAGUCUUCUACAAUGAAACGACCUGGUUUGCGACACGAGUCAUUAAGCGAUAAGAUCAAGAAGUACAAGGGAGUGUUGCUUGUGAUUUCGAUCCCGGUGCUGUUGAUUGCUUUUGUGCUGUUCGUGAUGCCAAGUCGUGAAGACUACGAGUAUGGCGGAGUGAUUCGAAAGAUGUCGCCGAAUCUUGGUACGGAUUCGAGGAGUUAUGCGGUUAUUUUUGAUGCCGGCAGCUCAGGGAGUAGAGUUCAUGUUUACUGUUUUGAUCAGAAUUUGGAUCUUGUUCCUAUCGGUAAAGAACUCGAGCUUUUCUUGCAGCUUAAACCAGGUUUGAGUGCUUAUGCAAACAACCCACGAGAAGCAGCCAACUCCCUUGUUUCCCUGCUUCAUAAAGCUGAAAGUUCUGUGCCUAAAGAGCUCCGACCAAAAACACCUGUCAGAGUUGGGGCUACUGCUGGUUUGAGGGCAUUGGGAAUGGAUGCAUCUGAUAGAAUUUUGCAAGCGGUCAGGGAUCUCCUGAGAGAUACAAGCACCCUUAAAUCUGAGGCAAAUGGGGUCACUGUUUUGGAUGGCUCUCAAGAAGGUUCUUAUCAGUGGGUGACAAUAAACUACCUCUUAGGAAAUUUAGGCAAGAAAUAUUCAAACACAGUUGGAGUAGUAGAUCUUGGUGGUGGAUCUGUUCAAAUGGCAUAUGCUAUCUCUGAGACGGAUGCUGCAAAGGCACCAAGGUUAUCUGAUGGAGAGGAUACAUAUGUGAAGGAAAUGUUUUUGAUGGGAACCAAAUAUUACCUCUAUGUUCACAGCUAUUUGCACUAUGGUUUACUAGCAGCUCGAGCAGAAAUGUUGGAUGCUUCAGAGGACUCUACCAAUCCGUGUAUCCUGGCUGGUUAUGAUGGGGUAUAUGAGUAUGGGGGAAAAGACCAUAAAGCAUCGGCUUCUCCAUCUGGUUCAAACAUGGAAGAGUGCAGGAGAUUAGCUCUUAAUGCUCUCAAAGUUAACGAAUCAACUUGUACACACAUGAAAUGUACAUUUGGUGGGAUAUGGAAUGGUGGAGGGGGGGAUGGACAGAAGAACAUGUUUGUUGCAUCAUUUUUCUUUGACAGAGCUGCUCAGGCUGGUUUUGUUGAUUCAACUGUACCAGCUGCCAAAGUUCAACCUUCUGAUUUUGAGAAUGCAGCGAAGCGUGCUUGUGAAACUGAACUAGAGAAUGCUAAAUCCAUAUACUCAAGUGUGGACGAUAAUGAUCUGCCAUACAUAUGCAUGGAUCUUGUCUAUCAGUAUACAUUACUUGUAGAUGGAUUUGCUUUGGAUCCAUGGCAAGAAAUGACGUUGGUGAAGAAGGUUCAGUACCGUACUUCUCUUGUGGAAGCUGCAUGGCCACUGGGCAGUGCCAUAGAGGCUGUGUCAUCACCAGCAUAACUUCAAAUUGCACUAUCAUCUUGGUCACCAAAGUGCAUAAUUCAGCGGCGAUUCCUGAGAACCAACAUUUUCUUGAGCAGAGAAUUAGCAGGAUCCGUAUUCCUUCAGAAGUCCGUACAGAUUGGGAAUGGAAAUUGGAUUUUUUUACUAUAGAUUGGGAAUAAUAAAAAGAAUAGCUCCAUUUGUCAU